AGUGAAGAUCAAUCCCGUCUCGGCGUGAAACACCAAUCCAGGGAUGGUUUUGCCAGGGAACAUGAAACUGAGACCGUGCCAGAGAAUCGAAUCAUGACUUUCAGACCAAGCCUUUUCCGAGGGGUUUAUCUGGGGGCGUGUUAGCGUGACGCUUUUCGUACUUCCAGGAUGGAGUCCCCAUUUCCUGGGUUUUCUAGAUAGGUAGGUAUGUAGAAACCUUUCAAGGAAGGUAUUUUCAAUCUUCCUUCGCAACCUUAAGCAACAAUAUUCGAUGCGAGAGUCCUGGUGAUAGCAUCGCACAAUUCUUUUCUAAUAUUCUUUUCUUUGGACCUGGUGUUCUAUUUUAUAUUUUUGUUCUACGAUGGCUGGCCUUUUGAGUGGCUUGGGCAAUACUUUGGGAGGUUUGGGCGAAGGUCUUUUGGGUGGGAAUAAUAACAGCGACAAUGAUCGGAGUUCGCAGAUAGCGACAUCAUCAGAGGAUACUGGGAACGCAAACCAGAGAACUACUUCCGAAGCUAAUACCGGAGCGAUUGCGACUGCGACUGCGACUUCGGACGGCGAAACAAGAGCGACACCCAAGCCCGGAAGUUCGAAGGACAAGGAUGACGACGAUGGCGAUGAUGACGAACAACCACAACGUCAACAACCCACAAGCGCCAGCACUGCAGAAAUCUCUACUACGGGAUUGCCGGACUUACCGCCUCAGACUACGGAAAUUGCACUCAAUCCCGGCGCUGCUGAAAACACAGACAUAUCAACUCCCGAUGCACCGGAGACGACUACUAGUCCCAAGCCGACUACUGGUCCUGAGUCGACUACAACACCGGCUGCCAGCCCACAAACGACACUUUCACCUUCAUCUUCAUCUUCGCCUUCGCCUUCGCCUUCUUCUAAAACAUCAAUCUUGACAACAUCGGCACCGCCAACAACCCUCGUGACAUCCACUAAACCAUCGAACUCUAUCGCCAACCCAUCAAGCCCUACCCUUAAACCAUCUAGCUCUAUCCUCGAUAGUGUAGCUACAAGUCUCAACAUCCCGGAAGCACCUAGUAGUACACUGGACGCUCCAACACAACCUUCCUCGACUCUCUCGGCCGGGGUCACGCAGCUUCCCCAGGAAGACGCCACCGCUACGCAAACCGCUAUAGCCGGAGGCGGAGGCGGUCUAGUGCUCAUCAUCAUGGUUAUCUUGAUCCUUCGAUGUGUAUGGCGGAAGAGACGUAAUGGCAACGACGAAGCGCUAGCUCGACUGGACUCGAUGUACGAGGCGGGCAAACCAGCGGCCUCGGAGUCUACCGAACAGCUCGGUCGUUGGAAUAAGGGGUUGUCGGAGUACCACAAGCCGACCGACAGCAGCUACAAGGCAUAUAGAAUGUGAUGCUCCACGAUAUAACCGAAGGAAAAUAUAAAUUGUCGGACUUGGAGUUCGGUACCGGAGCUGUUCGGCUAUCAUGAUGCAUUAACUAUACGAACCAUAUUUAUCCCACCCUAAAAAGUAAAAUCUAGUCUACUCGUUACCUUAGUAUAGAACCUGUCCUGUAAUAUUAACUGUCUUUUAUGUUAUGGGCGAUGUAUGCCCGACUUUUAAUUAUCUGUUGGAUGGUUGAUCAUACAUUGAUUAACUAAACUAGAAACAUUUUUUUUUUUUU